ACCGGUAACAAUAGUGGACAGAGCAGAACAGAAAGAGAAACGAAGCAAGAAGAAGAAGAAGAAGAAGAGUCAAUGGAGGAUUUAUGGAAGAGAGCGAAAUCGUUCGCAGAAGAAGCGGCUAAGAAAUCCCAGACCUUAACGUCGACCUCCACACUCUCCGAAUUGGUCUCAGAAACUGCCAAAAAGUCCAAGGAGCUUGCCGCCGAGGCCUCCAAGACUGCUGAUCUCAUCAAAACGGCCGCCAUCAAGCAGGCCGAUCACCUCAAAUCACUCAACGUCGCCGACAUUAUUCCUCCUCAGCUCUCUUCCAUUUCCAUUUCCAAUUUAUCUGCUCCCUCGCCUCAUUCUCAGUCCGUGCUCGAAAAGUUUGGCCUCAACGACGAUCUGAGAGAAUUUGUGAGUGGAUUUACUCCAACUACUUUCCAGAACUUUCCGAUCCAAGACGGACCGGAAGCGUCUGACGUUGCUGUUACAGCCUCGAAUGUGCGCAAGGAUCUGACGGAAUGGCAAGAACAGCAUGCAACGUUGGUUCUCACCAAUGUCAAGGAAAUUUCAAGAUUAAGAUAUGAACUAUGUCCGAGAAUUAUGAAAGAAAGGAUAUUCUGGAGGAUAUAUUUUACACUUGUUAGCAGUCAUGUUGCUCCAUACGAGAAGAAAUACGUGGAAGAGAUUAAGCUGAAAUCUGAAGAACAACGAAAAGCUGAUGAUGAAGCCAAGCAAACUCCGUCGGUUGGAGCUUCUGAAAAAGUUGAAGAGGCGGAAAAGAACCUGAAGGGUACAGCUUCCAAACGGUCGUCUGCUGAUCAAGAUUUGGAUACUUUUCUUUUGGGAGAUCUUGAAGACAGUGACGCAGGAGGUGCAGAUGAUGGUGACGAAAGCUUCGAUGAUGACUUCGACAAGAUUGAAAACUCGGAUGUCGAAGAAGAAAAUCCCAAGGCAAAAGCCACAAGUUAGAACAUAAAGCACAACAAGAAGAAGAUGCAACAGGGAAGAUGGGGUGUUUAAUAGGAUCAUGGCUUGGCUUCCAUGACAAAAAGAACGGGCUGUUGAGAAGAAAUUCGUGGUGAAAUACUAAACGAGAAAGUGUAUUACAGGUGUUUCAUUCCCAAAAACGAAAAAGGAAGAAGAAGAUUGUUGUUUCUAAAAAUAUCAUUAAAUUCUAUUCAAUUGUAUAAACAACACUGUCGUUGAUUGAUGGGGAUGGCUGGUUUUCCCUUGCUUGCAGUUUAUACAGAAUUUACAGAUCAAUUCUAUUUUAAA